AGCAGAAGAAGAGCAGAGGCUCGCGUUGCUUCGCUCUGGGUCGGCUUGGUUUGGAGGAAUGCGAGCAGAAUGUAAACACAGCUCGGGUCCAGGUUUCAGCCUCGCGCCGGACUGUAGACCAUUUCCAGUCUGAAUCUCGCGCACUGAUGGCUCCGUGACAGACCUGCCGAGCCCGGGCCGCCGCAGAGGAGAGCGUCUCCGUCCUUCCCGUCGUUUCAGCGCCUUGAUGGUUUCUGUGCUGCCGUCAUGACUAAAGACAUUGUUGUUGGGGAGGAAUUACCCGACUGGGUCGGAGCCAAGGAGUUUUACCAGAAGUAUGAUCCGAAAGAGGUGAUUGGAAGGGGUGUGAGCAGCGUGGUGCGCAGGUGUGUGCACAGGCACACGGGUCAGGAGCUGGCGGUGAAGAUCAUUGAGAUCACCGCGGAGAAGAUGACGGCCCAGCAGCUGGAGGAGGUGAAGACAUCCACGCUGAAAGAGAUCCAAGUGCUCAACAUGGUGAAGGGACACUCCUCCAUCAUCACUCUCAUCGACUCCUAUGAAUCUGCAACCUUCAUAUUUUUGGUGUUUGACCUCAUGAGGCGAGGAGAGCUGUUCGACUACCUCACUGAAAAGGUUACGUUAAGUGAAAAGGAGACCAGGUGCAUGGUGCGAGCGCUGCUCGAGGCCGUGCAGUACCUCCACUCCCUGAACAUCGUGCAUCGAGACCUGAAGCCGGAGAACAUCCUCCUUGAUGACCAGGGACACAUCAAACUGUCCGACUUCGGUUUCUCAGUGCAGCUACAGCCAGGGGAGAAGCUCAGAGAGCUUUGUGGGACGCCCGGUUAUUUAGCUCCUGAAAUUCUGAAGUGUUCCAUGGAUGAAAUGCACCCGGGCUACGGAAAGGAAGUCGAUCUCUGGGCCUGUGGCGUCAUCCUCUUCACCUUGCUGGCCGGAUCGCCGCCUUUCUGGCAUCGCAAGCAGAUGCUGAUGCUGAGGAUGAUCAUGGAGGGCCGCUACAAGUUCAGCUCCCCGGAGUGGGACGACCGGUCCGACACUGUCAAAGACCUGAUAUCCAGACUGCUGGUGGUGGACCCAGCCGUCCGUCUCACCGCUGAGCAGGCCUUAGCACACCCCUUCUUCAGGCAGUACCAGAAAGACGACGUGCGGCUGUUCAGUCCCAGGAAAACAUUCAGGGUCCUGAUCGUCAGCGUCCUGGCCUGUAUCCGGAUGUACAGCCGCUACCGCCGGGCCCGGCCGCUGACGCGGGAGGUGCUGGCCAGGGAUCCGUACUCCCUCCGCGGCGUGCGCAAGCUCAUCGACGGCUGCGCCUUCCGCAUCUACGGCCACUGGGUGAAGAAAGGGGAGCAGCAGAACCGCGCGGCGCUCUUCCAGAACACAGCUAAGAUCAUGCUGCUGGAGCUGGAGGACUUCGAACCAUAACCAGUCGACCUCUGUCCCCCCCCCCGCCGUUCUUAUUUAACCGUUUGUUUCCAUGUGGAUGUUCGUCUUGUGGCGUGGCGGUUUAAUUGGGAGAUUAAGAUUGCAGGGAUCAGGACUUCUGUGUGCCUUAAUGCGCACCGCGACUGCGAGGCCAAGAUAAGCAUGCACAGCGUGAUAAUCCUUAUCGUUGUUCUGAUCCAACUUUGUGGCCGUGUGAAGCCCUUCUUGUCAGCUCAUCGUGUUUCCAGUGCACUUUGCAGUACAGCAAACAUUGCACAAUUAUGCACACGCACACACGUAUAUAAAUAUUAUAUAUAUAUAUACACACAGACAUUACAUAAACUGUUCUGAGCAUGGGUGGAGGAAGCAAAAAUUAAAACACUGAAAAGCUGUUUAACAGAUUCUUAGACAUAUUUUAUUGUCAGUUUUGACAAAAAAAAACAAGCAUGCAAAGAGUGAAAUGUCUGCAGUGUGUUUGAACAUUCCUGUAGCUCUCAUGCAUGCAAACAUU